AUGUCUCCUAACCAGGCAUGUUUGGUCCUCCUCUUUGCCUGCUUGGUUACAGAUUGUGUUCGGGGAACGCUACAGUUGUCCGCGACCGUUCCAGAAAACGCUCACGCCGGGGAAACCGUCACUCGUGUUCGGGUGGACCAGGGGGAAGAUCGGGAGGAAGUCAGGUGUGAAAUUGUCGCCGGAGACGAGAACGGGCGCUUCCGUGUGACCGACUGCGUGAUCCAAGUGGCACGCCCGUUGGACUACGGCGUCCACCCCGGCUAUAACCUCACAGUCAACGUCACUGGGUCUUCCAAAAGGUACGAGCAGCUGUAUGUUGACGUACAAGUACAAGACGUGGAGGGAUACCCGCCUGUUUACAACGACACGUGCGAAAUGCCGAUACGGAGUGGCCCGGGGAAGUCCGGUGAUUCCUUCGUCGAUAUCAAAUGGCAAGGUGAGGCCAUGGUUGAGGCAGCCGGAGUGAUUUCUGUAUCGAAAUAUUUUCAUCACAGACGUAAGGAUAUUAGUCCACCAUUGUCAUUCUCUAUGUAUUACAUUACCGUGAACAGUGACUGUCAGCUACAGGUAACAUGGGCCCCAGGCCACCCCGCAGACAUUAGAACCAUUGAGAGUCUCUUUUUAGGAAAAGUAUCGUGCAUCUAUUGUUACGAUCCAAAAGACUCCUCUAUAAUCGAAAUCGCAUUGUUCAAUGGCGGAAGGGACACUAGGUGUAGUGAACAUACCCCUCUGCCUACACCUGAAAUCAAAAGGCACUAUGUACUUGUCGGUUCAAUGCUUGUAACUUCAAGAAAAAGACAACGUUUCACAUGCGACGUACCUGAUAAAACGUCCAUAAUCGUCAACAAAGAUGCCACACAUUUAGAAGUAAAUAAUUUGGAAGUUGAAUUCGAGCCGGUAGGAUGUCCCCCGAACAGGUACGGCGUGAUGUGCAACCAGAACUGCACCUGUGAGAACGGCGCCCGCUGCCAUACACUGAACGGGGCCUGCAAGUGCAGGCCUGGAUGGCAAGGUGUCGUCUGCGACAUACCUCACAGAACCGUGGCCAUCACCGCGACCCCUGGCGACUCGCGACGGAUUUACAUCACCGGCUCUGUAAAGCUGCAAUGCAAGGUUUUCCAUCUGGCUGCUGAAAGGAUGAUGUGGAUAUUUCCUAAUAAAACUGGAAAGUGGCUACAGGGCGCUGACGAAGGUAGUGUAAGGAUUGACAGCAUCCAGUCCGAACACAACGGUACCUACACUUGUACUGUGUUAACGGAAGACGGGGCGGUCAUUAACACAAGUUACGAGCUUCAGGCCGUCGCCUGUCCUCCCGGUAAAACGGGUGAAUCGUGCCGAGAAGAGUGCGUCUGUAGCCACGGUGGCAGCUGUGACCGGUGGGCCGGAUGUGUCUGUCCGCCGGGAUGGACGGGACCCACGUGUCAGACCUCAUGUCCAACGGCAAGCUACGGACAUGGCUGCAACAGCCGGUGUGGUUGUCAGCAUGACGCCGCCUGCGCUCCCACCGACGGCCGGUGUAACUGCACGACGGGCUGGUUCGGUAGACACUGCAGCAGGCCGUGCCUCGCAGGUCGGUACGGAUGGAGAUGUCGGCAGGCCUGUGCCUGUAAGAACAACGCCACCUGUCACCACGUGGAUGGAACCUGCGCCUGCGAGCCACCCUGGACCGGCAAGCGGUGUGACGUCAACGAAAGGGAUACGUACACAUUCCGGCUGUCGCUUCAGAUUAUCAUACCCCUCACAUUGGUUCUGUUAGUGGCCGCUCUGGUACUGUUUACACGCUACAAACGAAACAUAAGUAAACAUGCGGCACAAGAAGAGCGUCUAGAGGAGACCAGAGCUUUGCUGGAGCUGAGAAGUAUGGAAGAAAACCUGGCACAGAGUUUGCAGCCAGGCUGGCUCCACCGAUGGGAAAGGAACGCCGACGAUCUGACUCUGGGCGAACUGGUCGGACUGGGCGCGUUUGCGCAGAUCAGAAGAGGGCAGCUUUGUAUAGCUGGUGCCAACGUCACGGUGGCAGUCAAGUCCGUCCGCGGGGAGGACAGGCGGUGCUACCGAGCCUUCUGCAGGGAAGUCGCCGCGCUGAUAACCGUGCACGAAAACCGCGAUGACCAACAUGGCGGACACCCCAACAUCGUCAAGCUGUUUGGAGUCGUGACGAAGUCCUCGCCGAAGUGUAUUCUCUUAGAAUUUGCUGCCAACGGCGAACUUUUGGCAAUCCUUAGACAGCAACCUCGUCAGAACGGUCCUCUAGUCAGGUUUCUCCGCUAUGCCGUCCAGAUAUCCCGUGCCCUGAGCGAGCUCCGACGUCUGCGGAUCGCUCACGGUGACGUGGCCGCCCGAAACGUCCUCGUCAGCGGCGAUAACGUGGCCAAACUUGCGGACUUCGGUCUGGCCCAUGACGUCUACACCACAACUACCUACGUGUCCACAGUCCGGACUGACGCGGACGAACUCCUUCCCCUGAAGUGGAUGGCUCUGGAGUCGCUAGAGUCUCGCGAGUUCACGUGCGAGAGCGACACGUGGUCGUUCGGCGUGCUGCUGUGGGAGAUCACUGCCUUCGGGGAGGAGCCCAGCUACCAGCGCCAACUGAGUUGUCCCAAGUUGGUGGGGAUCCUGAGGCGAGGAGUCCGUCUGGAGAGGCCGCCCGGAUGUCCGGAGAAGCUGUAUGACGUCAUGAAGUCGUGUUGGCAGGAGGACCCUUCGGUAAGGCCAGAGCCGGCAGAACUGGAACAGAAACUGACGGAAUGUCGUCACGAAAUGGAGCCGCUUCUGGUAAUGGAGAAGGAAACCUCAGUUUAA